AUGUGUAGCCCGGUUAUAAAGGGUUUUCUAUCUCAUCAGGAGAAAAAGAUAGUCUGUUACUAUGGCACGUGGGCAACAUACAGAAGUGGUAAUGGAAAAUUUGAUGUUGGCAACAUCAACGCAGAUCUUUGUACACAUUUAGUGUACACUUUUGUUGGAAUCAAUUCUCAGGGAAAUGUUGUUUCAUUGGAUCCGUACCUCGAUUUACCAGAUAAUUGGGGAAGAGAUAAUUUCCGUAUUUUCAAUGCAUUGAAACAAACGAACACAAAGCUGAAAACUAUUUUAGCUGUCGGUGGCUGGAACGAAGGAUCAGCAAAGUAUUCGAUUAUGGCAGCAAGCUCAGCCUUAAGAAAGAAUUUUGUAUCGAGUGCAAUCAAAAUGAUUAUGACCUAUGGUUUCGAUGGUCUUGAUAUUGACUGGGAAUAUCCUAACCGGAGAGACUCCGUGAAUGGAAAGGCUGAUAUAGACAACUUUACGAAAUUACUAAAGGAAUUGAGAACAGAGUUUGACAAAUAUGGUCUUUUAUUAAGCGCUGCUGUAGCUUCCACACGGGACACCGCAUCCUUAUCGUAUGAUAUACCAACUAUAGCGCAAUAUUUAGAUCUCUUGGGGCUAAUGACUUACGAUAUGUAUGGUCCAUGGGAUACAGUGACUGGGCACAAUUCACCACUACACAAGGGGGAAGGUGAUGAGCACGAAAUCAGAGAAAACCUCAAUACCGUGGAUGUCGCAGUAGAAUAUUGGUUGACGCAAGGUUUUCCACCAGAAAAACUGGUCAUCGGUCUACCAUUUUAUGGUCAUACUUUCACAUUAAUAAAUCCCAAUGUUUAUUCCGUGAGAGCACCUUCAUACGGACCUGGUAUUUCUGGCCCAUACACCGCUACCAAUGGAAACAUUGGGUAUAAUGAGUUUUGCAGUCUGCUCCGUGAACAAAAAUGGAGCAUAUAUCAGGAUAGCUUGGCAAAAGUCCCGUAUGCUGUUCAGAACAGAAACUGGGUUUCAUAUGACGAUGUAGAUUCUCUUAUUGCCAAAGCAAAAUACGCUUUAAGUAUGAACAUUGCUGGGGUUAUGAUUUGGAGCAUAGAAACUGACGAUUUCCACGGCAUAUGUCAUAACGAAACCUUUCCUCUUUUGAGAGCGGUUAAACGAAUACUGUCUAGCUCAAACUCUAGUGGCACUACCGUAGGACCAGUGCCAACUACACCUCUUUUGUCUAGUUCCACCACAUCAAAUCCUGUAACCACACAAGUGCCAACUACACAACAUAGUUCAACUCCAACAACUCCCAAAAAUGAUUUUACCUGUAAAUCAGCUGGAAUGUUCCCAAAUCCAAAGGAUUGUGGAUCAUUUUACGUCUGCAUACAAAACUUAGAUGGCUCAUUCUUUCCAAACUACUUCAGCUGCCCGGCAAACCUGUAUUGGGACCAAGAAAUGAUGUCUUGCAAUUAUCCUUACGCGGUUUCCUGUACAGUAUAA